AUGGGAGGUGUGUUUUCUACGGGCGCCACUAGUCUCGAUUCUUUACAAGUCUUACGCGAAUUAGAAAAAACAAGAAUAGAAAGAGAAUUGGCUUUGCUAGAAAUUACGCGACAACGGCAGUAUAUGUAUGAGUUAGCAAACGAACGCGAGCAGUUGAAUUGGUUGGGUUCAGGAGGUUUAGUUACAUCGGUGUUGUCAGUCUUAUCAUCAUAUCAUCACAAAAACCUUAUUCACUUGUUACCUAUUGUACCGAUAGCGACAUACCUGGGAUACAAGGCGCACUCAUGCUAUGGAAACAAGCAUUUACUCAUUAACGAAACUGCCCAAUCUUUGAUGAAGUUUCAUGAUGACAUACCUACGGUAACUCCAUUAACUGUUGAGGAUGUUAGGGCAAAAAUCAAGGAACUUAGGGAAAUGAAGUACGAAAAUGAUUUAUAA